UUUGGGCCGAGGGAGAAGUCUCAGAGGGCGGAGCCAAAAUGUAUUCGGACCCUGCGGGCCCCAAACUCUGCCCUCGCUCCUCUGACACUCCUAGACCGAGAACCGCGGGUUAAAGGCUGGCCCCCUUUCCAGUCCCGGGAGGCGGCCGCGCCAGCCGCGCCGAGCGAACCCCUGCCCGGCCCCAGCACGUCCGGGGCUGCGCCCGGACCUCGGGACCCGGGUCCCCACUCCAGUGCUUGCCGUGUAUCGGCGGCCGCCACCGGGGAGAGGAGGCGGCCCCCGCCCGCUCACGCUCGCGUGGUGCCGGCUGGCCCGAAGGGACCAUGACCUUGGGCCCCCCCAGAAGGGGCUUUCUGAUGCUGCUGAUGGCUUUAGGCCUAACCCAGGGUGACCCCGUGAAGCCCUCUCGGGGCCCGCUGGUAACCUGCACGUGCAAGAACCCACACUGCAGUGGGCCUACCUGCGAGGGGGCCUGGUGCACAGUAGUGCUGGUCCGUGAGGAGGGCAGGCACCCCCAGGAACAUCGAGGCUGUGGGAACCUGCACCAGGAGCUCUGCAGGGGACGCCCCACUGACUUUGUCAAUCAUUACUGCUGCUUCAGCCCCUUCUGUAACCGCAAUGUGUCCCUGGUGCUGAAUGCCACUAAACCUCCUCCGGAGCAGCCUGGAAUAGAUGGUCAGCUUCCUCUGAUCCUGGGCCCCGUGCUGGCCUUGCUGGUCCUGGUGGCCUUGGGUGCUGUGGGCCUGUGGCAUAUCCGGCAGAGGCAAGAGAAACAGCGGGGACUGCACAGCGACCUGGGCGAGUCCAGUCUCAUCCUGAAGGCAUCUGAGCAGGGAGAUAGCAUGUUGGGGGACUUCCUGGACAGUGACUGUACUACCGGCAGUGGCUCUGGGCUCCCCUUUCUGGUGCAGAGGACCGUGGCACGGCAGGUUGCCCUGGUGGAGUGUGUGGGAAAGGGACGCUAUGGUGAGGUGUGGCGAGGCUUGUGGCAUGGUGAGAGCGUCGCCGUCAAGAUUUUCUCCUCAAGGGAUGAACAGUCCUGGUUUCGGGAGACAGAAAUCUACAACACUGUGUUGCUCAGACACGACAACAUCCUAGGCUUCAUCGCCUCCGACAUGACUUCCCGCAAUUCAAGCACGCAGCUGUGGCUCAUCACGCACUACCAUGAGCACGGCUCCCUCUACGACUUUCUGCAGAGGCAAACACUUGAGCCCCAGCUGGCCCUGAAGUUAGCUGUGUCGGCGGCCUGCGGCCUGGCGCACCUGCAUGUGGAAAUCUUUGGCACACAGGGUAAACCGGCCAUCGCUCACCGUGACCUCAAGAGUCGCAACGUGCUGGUCAAGAGCAACUUGCAAUGCUGCAUUGCCGACCUGGGCCUGGCUGUGAUGCAUUCCCAGGGCAGCGACUACCUGGACAUCGGCAAUAACCCAAGAGUGGGCACUAAGCGGUACAUGGCACCCGAGGUGCUGGAUGAGCAGAUCCGUACUGACUGCUUCGAGUCCUACAAGUGGACUGACAUCUGGGCCUUUGGUCUAGUGCUGUGGGAAAUUGCUCGACGAACCAUUGUCAAUGGCAUUGUGGAGGACUACAGGCCACCCUUCUAUGAUGUGGUGCCCAAUGACCCAAGCUUUGAGGACAUGAAGAAGGUGGUGUGUGUUGACCAGCAAACCCCCACCAUCCCCAACCGGCUGGCUGCAGACCCGGUCCUCUCGGGCCUGGCUCAGAUGAUGCGGGAGUGCUGGUACCCCACGCCCUCCGCCCGCCUCACCGCGCUGCGCAUCAAGAAGACACUACAGAAACUCAGCCAUGGUCCAGAGAAGCCCAAAGUGAUUCACUAGCCCAGGGUCGCUGGACUCGCUCUGCCUGCAGUGUGGGGCGGCAGGGGAUUGUGGCCCAUCUGGGCAGAGGUUGUGUGUGUGUGUGUUUGCGUGCGUGUGUGCAUGCGCUGGGGAGGGGUGCCCCCCUCGAGGGCAGCUGUGCCUUCCCAGCUUGGCCCCCAGCCCAUCCAGUCAAAAAUACAGCUGGGCUGAAAUCUGAUCCCACGCCGUCUGGCCUGCUCAAAGUGGCCGGCUCCCUGACGCCUGGCUCUCUCCCCAUCCCACCCCCCAUGCCAGGAGGGUGUACCCCCUACCACUCCCAGGGCAGGGAUGCAAAAGAGGACAGCCUCGCUAGGGAAUCCCAGUCCCGGGCCCAGAGCCUGGGCCUAUAUUUCCCCUGCCCUUGAUCAACCUCACUGCCCCACCAGAGCUGCCAGGGUGGCACAGGGCCCUGUCCAGCCUUCAGCAGAUGCUCUACCCCGCCAGGCCUCAGCCUGUGACACAAAUUCCAAAUACCCAGGUUCCUCAGUUGCCCUCUAUGGGUUUACAUCGCAAUAGCAUGACACCUUGGACUUUCUGUCUCACCCACAAGGCCCCAGCUAGCUGAAUGCCAGCUGGCUGGAGGAGCUGGGCUGAUCCUGCCACUCUGUGUCCCCUGGCUAUCCUAGCUGACUUGUUAGGGCAUUAAAAUUCAAGGGGUCCUGCAUAUGGCAGUGGAGAGGUGUCAGGUCAGAUGGGUAAGGCCCAGGACUUAAGGAUAAUUGAGAGGAUGUUGAGCUGUGUGUGGCAGGGGGUGGGAAGGAAGGUUCAAGUGGGAGUCCAGAGACCCAAGUUGGGUCCUAGGUAGUUGCUCCAUGUCACCAGAUUGGACCUUUACUGCCUUAGGACGUUUGUUUCUUCAUCAAUAUACUGAAAGAUUUGGUCCUGA